AUGAAGUUCACAGCACGGUCGGACGAGAGUGUCUCGCAUAGACCGGAGAACGCCUUUGAUUCGCCUUAUGAUUCGAAAUAUCAAGUCUGUAUAACAGGAGGCAAGCCGAAGAAGUCAACACUGGUCGAAAAGGCAGCCAAGUUUGGUCGUCAAGCAUUCGGAAGUCGUUCUACAUCUGCUGGAUCCAGAGAUGACUCGAGACGACCAUCCCUACCUAGUCAUUAUACUGCAGUAAGAAGCACCUCGGGUCUGUUUGGAGAUGGUUCGAGACUCGGCGCCAGCAUCAGCACGAGUUCGCUGGUCUCGGUGCGUCCCAAGACACGGAACGUGCGUGAUUCAAUCACAUCAAGCAUCUAUGAUGAACCCGAGACAACGAAGCCGAUGCCAUCCCUGAAUGUUGUCAAAAACGUCGCUGUGCCGCAAAUACCACCUAUCUACCCGACGAACGACAUCUCGUCUCUCACUGGCCUCCCCUCGAAUAUUCAUCGAAAUCCGAAUCUGAAAGAACACAACGAGUCAGCUAGACACUCGACCGACAGCAACGACUCUACAAGAACCGUCACACAAUCGAAGAUCGAUCCUUCUAGAAGUCACUUCAGCUGGACAACGUAUGCAGAGACAGAGCGAAGUAUUUCACCAACCACAUCAUACAUCGAGAACAGAAGCAUAGCAAGGGAACCAGACAGCCGCUUCAGUUGGACAACAGCAAACACAAACACUACAUACCAACUAGACACGCGACCUUGCAGUCCGACACCUUCUUACCCUACCUCGAUCAUGUCAAGGCGACGGCCCGUGCCUGGUAGAGAACCAAUGGCUCCCAAAAGACAUGACAGCAUGGGUGAUGUGCAAGAAGCGACCUGUGACAAGGCUCUUCCACAACCUCCAAAGACAAGACAGGCUGUAGAUCAUAUCGACGAGCUGGAGUCGCGCGUGGAGUCAUUGGAAUUGCAGAAGAAGAAUAUGGAGAAACUGUUCAAGGAGCUGGAGAGAGUGGAUUCGGCUAGCCCGAUUGAGGUGUCGGAGAGGAUGAGGCGCGAGAACCGUAAAAAGAUGGGCGAAGUACGGACCAGGCAGGAUGAAGUGCAGAGGGAGCUGUUUGAGGUUGGAAGACUGCUGAGCAGGGCCAGGGCCAAGGCCGAGGAGAUAGACGGCAGUACAGGACUAUGGCUCCGACGUGUCACGGAUUGA